CAACAGAGAAUGGGAAAUGGUAUUGAGUAAUUGAGUACUGGGAGAGGCCACUACCACUAGGCGUCCCACAGGCUCCCAAUGCGGAAGUGGAAGGAUAGAAACAAGUGCCUGCGUGAAACGUCUUCAGCCCCGCCCCCUGUCUCCCUAGUGUCGUCACAGUCAGUCAUCCGGCAUCGCCGUGCUUACCUCAGUCUGUAGGAGGCUUCCGGACACUUCCUGUCUAUCCCACGUGUGCCCAAGAUGGCGGAUCUGCAGAUGAAGUUGCUGCGGCGGAAAAUUCAGAAAAAAACCGAAAAUAUUCGGAACCGCAACCGGGAGCGACGGGAAAGGGAAGAAAUUUUAUUAGCCAGUAAAUGUGAGGAGGAAACUGAGGGAGUUGCAGAAACGCAUGAAGAAGGCAAUGAGGUUGAUAAUAGAGAGGAAACUCAGGAGCACAUAGCCCCUGAUGCGGAGGAGACCUCACAGACCCCCCCUGCCAAGAGGAAAAAGAAGAGGAAGAAUGCAAUCAAGGCUGAGGGUGCAGAUGCAAAGAAAGCAAAGCAAGAUGAAGAGGCUCCUGAAGCUUCUGACAAAGAGUCCAGAUGUGAGAACCAUGUAGAAAACAAAGAGGAGGAAGAUGGGGAAGAAGAGAAUGGCCCAACCUUGCCCAUGGGUCUUACAGGGGCAUUUGAGGACACCGCCUUCUCCUCUUUGGACGAUUCUGUCAAUGAGAACACUCUCAAAGCCAUUACUGAAAUGGGCUUCACACACAUGACUGAGAUUCAGCACAAAGCCAUCAGACCCCUUCUAGAGGGCCGGGAUGUUCUGGCUGCUGCCCGUACUGGCAGUGGGAAGACUUUGGCUUUCCUAAUUCCAGCCAUUGAACUGAUUUACAAGCUGAAGUUUAUGCCUCGGAAUGGUACCGGAGUCCUCAUCUUAUCCCCAACCCGAGAACUAGCCAUGCAGACCUAUGGGGUCCUGAAGGAGCUAAUGGCGCAUCAUGUUCACACGUACGGCUUGAUCAUGGGAGGUAGCAACCGCUCUGCAGAAGCACAGAAACUCGCCAAUGGGGUGAAUAUUGUGGUGGCAACACCUGGACGACUUCUGGACCAUAUGCAGAACACGCCGGGAUUCAUGUACAAGAACCUGCAGUGUCUAGUAAUCGAUGAAGCAGAUCGGAUCCUGGAGGUUGGCUUUGAACAGGAGAUGAAGCAGAUCAUCAACCUGUUGCCCAAGCGGAGGCAAACAAUGCUCUUCUCUGCCACUCAGACACGGAAGGUGGAAGAUCUUGCUCGGGUCUCUCUGAAGAAGGAGCCUCUCUAUGUUGGAGUCGAUGACCAUAAGGAAACGGCCACAGUGGAUGGUUUGGAACAGGGAUAUGUUGUUUGUCCAUCUGAGAAAAGGUUUCUCUUACUCUUCACAUUCCUAAAAAAGAAUCGGAAGAAGAAGAUGAUGGUUUUCUUCUCCUCCUGCAUGUCCGUUAAAUAUCAUUAUGAGCUUCUCAACUAUAUCGACCUCCCCGUCAUGGCCAUUCAUGGGAAACAAAAACAGACCAAACGCACCACCACAUUCUUCCAGUUCUGUAACGCAGAGUCUGGGAUCCUGCUGUGCACAGACGUGGCUGCCAGAGGGCUUGACAUUCCUGAGGUUGAUUGGAUUGUACAGUAUGACCCUCCAGAUGACCCUAAGGAAUAUAUUCAUCGGGUUGGCAGGACGGCUCGGGGGAUUGAUGGAAAAGGCCAUGCUUUGCUGAUUCUAAGGCCGGAAGAGCUUGGCUUCCUGCGUUACCUGAAACAAGCGAAGGUGCCGUUGAGUGAAUUUGAGUUCUCCUGGACUAAAAUUUCUGAUAUUCAGGCUCAGCUGGAGAAGCUGAUAGAGAAGAAUUAUUAUCUGCACAAGUCGGCACAAGAAGCAUACAAAGCCUACAUCCGAGCCUACGACUCCCAUUCGCAUAAGCAGAUCUUCAAUGUCAAUACCCUGAACCUUCCCAAAGUGGCAAUUUCUUUUGGCUUUCAGGUCCCGCCCUUUGUGGAUCUGAAUGUGAACAGCAGUGGAGGCAAAAGGCCACAGAAACGAGGUGGUGGAGGUGGAUUUGGGUACCAGAAGACAAACAACCAGUAUAAAACAAAGAUAUUUAAACACAUAAACAAAAAGGGACAGGGGGGCGGACGGCAGUUUACACGUUGAUUGAUGAGACACAGAACACACAUUUAUAACUUUGUCACCCACAGUAAAACUAUUUUUGGGGAAAAA